AUGAUCGAUGAUGAUCAGAUAGCUCAGGAUCUCUGGCUCACCAUCGAGGGACUCUUCCAUGCCAACAAGCAGUCCUGGGCAACCUUCCUCAGCCACGACUUCCACUCCAUGACGCAAGGCAACUCCUCCAUCACCGUGCACUGUCAACGCAUGAAGACUCUCGCCGACGCCCUCCGCGAUGUUGGCCAUCCCAUUCAGGACUCCCAACUUGUCUUGAAUCUCCUCCGUGGCCUCAACCCGCGCUUCUCCAACACCAUCGAAGACAUCGCCAACUCCACCGCUGGCUUCCCGUCCUUCGACCAGGCACGUGACAUGCUCACCUUGAAGGAACUUCACCUCGCGAAUGAGGAGAAGAUCUCCAACUCCACCGCCGGCUUCCUGUCCUUCGCCCAAGCGCAUGACAUGCUCACCUUAAAGGAACUUCGCCUCGCCAACGAGGAGAAGAUCUCCAACUCCACCACCCUCCUCGCCAGGAACUCCUCAUCAUCUUCAUCCUUCGACUAUAUGGGCAGGUGUCGCCCACCGUCUAGUUCUAUCCAGACUGGCGGCAGCAGCGGCAGCAGCAGUAGCAACGGUCAUGGUGGCAAGAAGAAGUGGCAGAAGAAGGGCAGCGACGGCUUCUAG